AUGGCUGAACCCGUUGUCUCCACCAUCUUGACACAAUUGGCAUUGCUAACAAGUCAAGAGCUAAAACUACUUUGGGGUGUUGAUAAAGAAGUUGAAAAACUCAUCAGCAAUUUCCAGGCCAUUCAAGCUGUAAUUGAAGAUGCGGAGUAUAGACAAGUGAAGGAGUUGGCUGUGCGACAUUGGUUGGAUAAACUCAAGGAGGUGUCGUAUGACAUUGAUGAUGUGUUGGAUAAGUGGAUCACAACAAGCAAAAAAUUCCAAAUGAAGAAAGUUGAAAACGCUUCCAAGCUUUGGAAAAAGGUGAGCAUCUCGUUUGAUUGCUUUUUUUGCAAGAAAGUUUCCUUACGUCAUGAAAUUGCUUUUAGUAUAAGAGAUCUAAAGGAAACACUUGAUACCAUUGCCAUGGAAAAGAACAGUUUCAAUUUUAGCCCAACUGUGAGCACUAGUACUCAAUUAGAACACAAAAUUACUACCUCUUUUAUUGAUUUAUUAGAGGUUCAAGGAAGAGAUGAUUAUAAGAAUACUUUGAUAAACUUAUUAUUGAUUGAGAGUAGUCAAGCUCCAAUCAUUCAUAUUAUUUCUAUUGUAGGAAUGGGAGGGAUUGGUAAGACAACUCUAGCUCGAAUAGCAUUUAAUGAUGAUAAAGUGAACACCCAUUUCGAUAAGAAAAUAUGGGUUUGUGUGUCUGUUCCUUUUGUUGAGACUAAUAUUGCAAAAGCAAUUCUUGAAUCUCUUACUGAUGUUGCACCAAACGUAAGUGAAUUAGAAACUAUGCUAAGAAAAAUACGUCAAUCCUUAGAAGGAAAAAAAUUUCUUCUUGUCCUAGAUGAUGUGUGGACUGAAACUCCCGAUGAUUGGAAACAAUUAAAGAAUUCUCUUAAAUGUGCUUCUAAGGGUAGUAAAAUUAUCAUGACCACACGUAAGGAGAGUACUGCAAAAAUAAUGGGAGCCACAAAUAUGAUCCCAUUAGGAAAGUUAUCUGAUAAUGAAUCAUGGUUGUUGUUUACUCAAAUUGCAUUUUUUGGAAAGACCAAGGAAAAGUGCGAAAAAUUUAUAGAUAUUGGUAGAAAGAUAGUAGAUAAGUGCAAAGGGUUGCCUCUUGCUUUAAAGACUUUAGGAAGUCUCUUGAGCUUAAAAUCAGAAGUUGAAGAAUGGCAACGCGCUUUAGAUAGUAAUUUAUGGGGAAUAGAUAAGAUAGAAGCAGAACUCUUCCCCACUUUGCUUUUGAGCUAUUAUGAUUUGUCUUCUAUACUAAAAAAAUGCCUUUCAUAUUGUGCCUUAUUUCCAAAAGAUUAUGUGAUAGAAAAAGAUGCAUUAAUCAAACUAUGGAUGGCUCAAGGGUAUCUAGGAAAUGAAGAAAUGGAAUUAGUUGGUGAAAAAUAUUUUAAUACAUUGGUAAUGCGCUCUUUCUUUCAAGAUUUUGAAAAAAGUGAAUACGAUAAUAAUAUUAUCCGAUGCAAGAUGCAUGAUAUAGUGCAUGAUUGUAUUCAAUCUAUUGCAAAGAAUGAGUGUUCUUAUAUAGAAUUUGAGAGUCCUACAAUGCCUCAAUUUGAGAUUUCGACGAAAAGUAUUCGACAUGUAUUGAUAAAAUUGUCCUCAAUUCCUCCCUAUAUUCUUAAUCUUAAACUACGUAGCCUUGUUGUUGAAACUGAAAGGAAUGAUUUUACAUUAAACACAUCAUUAUCUAAGAAGUUGACAUGUCUAAGAACGUUAGCUUUGAAUUUAGGAUGGGGGAAAGCUAAUUUGGAAGGAAUAAAAAAUCUGAUACAUUUGAGGCACUUUGAGUUGCAUAGUAUUACUACAGUAAUAUUGUCUGAGGCAUUAUGUGAUUUAUAUAAUUUACGAACCUUGGAUCUCACUGGUUGUUGGAAUUUGAGAAAGCUAGCCCAAGGAAUAGGAAAGUUGGUAAAUUUGAGGCAUUUGUUAAUUCUUAGGACUUUCUCUUUAGAGUACAUUCCAAAAGGAGUAGAGAGAUUGAGUUGUCUAAGGACAUUAAACAAAUUUAUUAUUGCCGGUGAUGGCUACAAUAAGAAAGCAUGUACAAGUCUUGAUUGUUUGAAGAACUUGAAACUGAAUCAAAGGUCUUUAGAGUUAGAAUUGGGAAAUGUGAGGGAUAUUAAUGCGCUUAAACUUGCAUAUUUAGAGAGUAUGAAAAAUCUACUUGAUCUGGUAUUAAGAAAAUGGCGUCACAUCAACAUUGCCUUUCCCAAAUUGAAAGUCCUUCGUUUCGGCUAUCUAACGGAAUGGAAAGAGUGGCAUUUUGAGACAUCAGAAUAUACAGAUGAAGAUAGUACAAUUUUUGAGACAUCAGAAUGUAUAGAUGAAGAUAUUACGAUCAUGCCUUAUCUUCAUUUCUUGUCAAUGAUAGACUGUCCUGAAUUAAAGGCAAUUCCCGAUCAAAUUCUUCGAACGCCAACACUGCAACAUUUAGAAAUCUCUGACUGCGAUAUUCUAAGAGAAAGUUACAAGACAGAAGAUGGAAGGAGCAAAUUCUCUCACAUCCCAAAGAUCACAAUUGAUUAA